CAAAAAUAAAAAUACUAACCAGACCAAACCCUCCCUCCACUCAGGUUAGGUACUUAGGUUAGUCGGUUUUUUUUCUCUCUCUCUAAAAAAAACGCAAAAACACGGCCCCGGCAAAGCUCUCUCUCAUCAGUCAUCAGUCAUCAGUAAUCAUCCUCCACUCACGUUCACAUAUAAAGCCCACACCUCUCCCUCUUCCACACCUUUCAAGUUUCAACUUUCAACCCCUCGAUUUUCUCUCCGUUUCUUCUCUCCUCUUGCUUCUAAACGAGGAUAUCUCCUGAAAAUCCCAUCCUUCUCGUCCCCCCAACCUCACUGAAGUUGGUUCAUGAUCAACAAGAGAUGAGUUGCAAUGGCUGUCGAGUUCUUCGAAAGGGAUGCAGCGAGUCUUGCGUCCUUCGUCACUGCCUUCAGUGGAUCGAGAAUCCGGAGGCCCAAGGCCAUGCUACUGUUUUUGUAGCCAAGUUUUUUGGCCGUGCCGGUCUCAUGUCCUUCAUUUCUGCUGUACCGGAAAACCAGAGACCUGCUCUCUUCCAGUCUCUCCUAUACGAGGCGUGUGGUCGCACGGUCAAUCCUGUGAGCGGAGCCGUGGGACUUCUUUGGACUGGGAACUGGCACGUAUGCCAAUCGGCUGUUGAAACCGUCCUCCGCGGGGGCACUCUGCGACCCAUGACGGAUUUUUUGGCCGGAAUUCUGAUGCAUGAUACCGACGAAGCUUCCGAGGUGGAAGUGCCGUGUUCCAACACCGAUAAGCAGCAGCCGCCUCGUGAUCUUUGCUCGCGAUCGAGGGCGCCGAAGCGAAGGGGCCUUCAUGAGCUGGCGGCGCCAAACCUACAGCCGGGCGAUCUCGAUCUGUCCCUGAUGCCUGGGUUACCGAAAAGAGUGGCAACUGGAGGAAGAGGAGGAAUGAUGUACGUGAAAGAGAAGCGCCGGCCUGUGAGUCCAUCCAUGAAUUCGGAAGAAUCGGUAACGACGAGUUUCGACAGCGAAGCUGUUGCGGAUCAGACGCGAAGCGGAGAGCGAAAGCUUCUGAAUUUGUUUGUUUGAUAAAACGAGACAUGAGACUUCUGGUUGUUGUCUAACUUGCGGGGGAAUCGACAUUUAUAUGAGCUCGUUCCUGUAAUCUUUUUUGUCUUGGUGCUUUGUGAAGUCCCGGUUUUGAAAUCCGGCGAGGUUUUGUAACUAUCCGGCAAAGGAUUUCUCUUUUUUGGGAGGGGAGAGAGAGAUGAGUCUGCCGGUGAUGUUUUUUGGGGAGAAAGGAGGUUAUGAAUAAAAAUUGCUUUUUUUCUAUA